AUGGGCAGCAUCAUCUUGGCCGUGUGCUUCAGCAUGUCCAUCGAGGGCUACACCGGCGUCCAGACGGAGCGGCUUUUGGAUGCGCUUUGGUUGCUGUUCACUUCCUGGGCUGCCACGUUCACUUUCGUGGCAUUGUGGUUGGCCUUGCGCUUCCAGAUGAAGAUCUCUGGAAGUGCUCGAGAGCGGCUGUUGCGGCGCCAUCGCUUCAUGGUGCCUGACGACUUAGUGGUGGGAAAGAUGGGAGGAGAAAACCUGGUUGACCAAAUGGCAGACUUUCACAACUGGGUGCUCACCACAAUGGAAGAUAUGACCUCCGCUCAAACCGACGAGGAGACAUUGCGGCAGAAAUGUGAACCGAUCUUUCUGAGGCAGGGAGGCCGGCCCUUGCGUGUACCUGUUGAAAGCUUGGAUGAUGAAAUCCUUGAUGGUGAGCCGUUGAGAAAAGGCCUCCAUGCCUGGCUUCAUGAGGGUGGGGAGGGCUAUUCGCAGAACAAGACCUUGGAAGUGCCUUACUUCCUGCUGGGUGAGACGUGCCUGCGGAUGCCUUGGGUGAUGCAAGCUGAUGGACCUUCUUUAAAGAUCCGUGUGUUCGGGGAUGCCACGCUCUAUGUCUCGGCGCAGUGUGUUCCAGGUGACGCCCCGGUGACCAAGAAAUCUGGCUCUACGGUGGCAUCUGCUCCCACCAGCCCAGUGAGUGCUGCCGGAGUCCGAAAGGCCUUGCGCCUGGAGAGUAGCGUGCCCGCCUGGCCGGCCGACGAGCUGCCACUGGUGAGGACGGGCUUCAAUGAGAAAUGGCGAGGGGAGAGCGGCUACGGCGAGUUCCGCCGCGUGGAGGGCUUCUCCAUCUUCGUGGAUGUGGAACGAGCCAUGGUGCGGCCCAAGUCGGUUGAGUCACGCAAGUCACGAAGCAAGUCGGUUGAGUCCGGUGAACUGUUUUCUGCCAGACACGGGGGACGCACCAAAGAGUCCAGAUCUUUUUAA